CAUUUUCAAUAACUCCUCACUCAAAUAUUAAGUUAAUACAAAUCAAUUAAGUACCUCAACAAAGAAAGAGGAGAAAAACAGAGACGCGAAAAUGGCAUCGGCAAUUGUGAGAUCUGGCCUCCGCUCCGCCAUCCGCGGCGGCGCAUCUACUCCACGCUCCUCCAGUGCUUCUAAACGGACCUUCGCUUCCCAUGUUCAUCACGAUGAAGCUGCCGAGGCUUCAAAGUGGGAGAAGAUAACAUAUGCAGGUAUAGCAACUUGCAGUAUUCUUGCAGUCAUUAACCUUUCCAAGGGUCAUCCUCACCACGAAGAGCCUCCUUCAUACCCAUACUUGCACAUCCGUAACAAGGAGUUCCCCUGGGGUCCAGAUGGUCUUUUCGAGGUGAAGGAACAUCACUGAUCCUACUGAGUUGGUGGAUUUGAAGAUUCAGAUGAAUAAUGAUUUGGUUUAUUUUGGCAGUGUAAUUGAACUUGUGCUAUCAAGUCUGCCUCCCAAAUUUAAUUCAGUUUAUUGUACUUAUUCGGGAUUAAGAUCGAAUACUUGUCAUCUUUCACUUUUGCUUCUCUUUCCUUUAUGGUACUACAUAAUAAAAGUCGAGCAACGGAUUGAAUUUGCCCUUUUUCGAUGGCUUUUGUGCCAUGUUGAUACUACCAAUUUAAUUUGUGAUUAGUUAUUUUCUUCAA